AUGCCAAUCGCCGAUGUCCUUCUUCACCCUGAGUUCAAACACUUCGGGGUUAAGACUAGCAUUGCUCUGUUGAAACUCUUAACCUCUGUUAAAUCAAAAUACAUGGUACCAGCCUGUCUACCGUUCAAAAAUUUUUUGAUAGGAAAAAAUGGAAAGCAGACCAGAGAUAAAAUAUACCACCUCGAUUUUAUUAGUGAUGUUCCCAGGGAUUUUUUAGAUGAAGAAAAGGAAUUGACACGAUUAAGUCUGCUGCCGAGAGAAUUGUGCUAUUUGUAUGAUAGUCCUGCGAAUGCGACUUCUGGAACAAAGGAACGUAUUGCGUGCACAACCGGUUGCGGGUUUCAUUCAGGAUCUCCUAGCUUCGUACACGAGCAUACUGGACACUGGUCUAUCGUGUCACUAGCGCAAGGUGGUUCCCCGUGCCCAGACCCAUUGCGUACCCGUCGCCCACCAUCUCCGCCACGUCACAUACUCUUGCACCCCUACGUACCGUGGAUUACUGCUGCGAUCACUGGGAAGGCGGUUGGUGCUUUUGCUAAAGACGACCCUUUUGGCUACGUUAUGCCCCGUUCAUCAAUAUAUGAUCUCAUUGGUCAUCGCUGGAACGGCCACUGGUGGAUGGGUGGUCUCCGCUGCUACGACAGGGGAGAGUCAGCUGAUGAUAUAUUUAUAUUCUAUCACGAAGUGUUUCAAGUUAAGCCAGUCACCUUCACCUACUUAACGUACUAUUUAGAGAUAUCUGCCGCUCAUGACACCAUGAUAAUUUGCGUGAAAGUUGGGAUGCCCUAUCAACUUGGACAACCCAAAGUCUGGCAGCUUGAUUCUCCAGAAGUAAAGGUACAAGUUCCGCUAGUAACUUUUUCUCAUCUCUACAAGUUCGAAGUGGAAGCGUGGGCGUACAACUCCACUGAGUCUGAGACAUCUUCACCAUCAUCUUCGACAAUUGAAAGCGAUUCCAAUGAAAAAGCCGCUCCCGAGACCGCUGGUUAGAUGUGGAGAUUAAUUAUAAAUUGAUUACAUUACGUGUCAUAUAGUAUAUUAAAAGGUACGAUAUAAAA